GUGUCUCACCAUAAUAAUCAUAUACGGAGUAUACUACUAUUUUGAUUUUAAAGACUUAAAUUUUUAUUUUGGUAUUUUAUCUGCUAACACUAGGGAGUGAUCAGGCAGUUUUUGGGGUUAGGUUAUGUUCCUUUUAGAACCCUAGAGUCGUGUCCGCGCUAAAUCGGCAUCCACAGUCCGCGCUCUCUGCGUCCGCCACACUCCCCAAACUCUCUCUACCACUCGGAAUCUACAUACUGGUAGAGAGAAGAGGAUGUCGGAUCAGAGGUUGACCCGUAUUGCCAUAGUCAGCUCCGACAAGUGCAAGCCAAAGAAGUGCCGCCAGGAAUGCAAGAAGAGCUGCCCCGUUGUUAAAACCGGCAAACUAUGUAUUGAGGUUGUUCCUUCAGCCAAGAUUGCCUUCAUCUCUGAGGAAUUAUGUAUCGGAUGUGGUAUUUGUGUAAAGAAAUGCCCAUUUGAAGCAAUCCAGAUAAUCAAUCUACCAAAAGACUUGGACAAGGAUACAACACAUCGUUAUGGUCCUAACUCAUUCAAAUUGCAUAGGUUACCAGUCCCAAGACCAGGACAAGUUCUUGGCCUAGUGGGAACAAACGGUAUUGGAAAAUCAACAGCUCUUAAAGUUUUAGCUGGGAAACUAAAACCCAAUUUGGGACGUUUCAAUAAUCCUCCUGACUGGCAAGAGAUACUGACUUACUUCCGAGGUUCUGAAUUGCAGAAUUACUUCACUCGCAUUCUAGAAGAUAACUUAAAGGCCAUUAUCAAGCCUCAAUAUGUGGACCAUAUUCCAAAGGCUGUUCAAGGAAAUGUAGGGCAAGUUCUUGAUCAAAAGGACGAGAGGAAUAUCAAAGAAGAGCUCUGUAUUGAUCUUGAGCUGAAUAAGGUUUUGGACCGUGAUGUUGGAGAUUUAUCUGGUGGGGAGCUUCAGCGGUUUGCCAUUGCUGUUGUGGCUAUACAAAAUGCAGAGAUAUACAUGUUCGAUGAACCAUCAAGUUACCUUGAUGUGAAACAAAGGCUCAAAGCAGCUCAAGUUAUCAGAUCUUUGCUUCGUCCCAACAGCUAUGUAAUUGUUGUGGAACAUGAUUUGAGUGUUCUUGAUUACUUGUCGGACUUUAUUUGCUGCCUGUAUGGAAAACCUGGUGCAUAUGGUGUUGUCACUCUCCCUUUCUCUGUUAGAGAAGGAAUCAACAUAUUCUUGGCUGGGUUUGUGCCCACAGAAAAUCUGAGAUUUCGUGAUGAAUCACUCACCUUUAAGGUUGCUGAGACUCCACAGGAAAGUGCCGAGGAAGUGGAAUCGUAUGCACGCUAUAAAUACCCUACCAUGACAAAGACUCUAGGCAAUUUCCGGCUAAAGGUUGUUGAGGGUGAAUUUACAGACUCACAGAUUAUUGUAAUGCUUGGUGAGAAUGGUACUGGGAAGACAACAUUCAUCCGAAUGCUGGCUGGGUUGCUGAAGCCUGACAUCGUGGAUGGGGAUGUAGAGAUACCAGAGUUUAAUGUCUCUUACAAGCCACAGAAAAUCAGCCCAAAAUUUAAGUCUACUGUUAGGCAUUUGCUACAUCAGAAGAUACGUGAUUCCUAUAUGCAUCCACAAUUUGUUUCAGAUGUAAUGAAACCUCUCCAAAUUGAGCAAUUGAUGGAUCAAGAGGUUGUGAACCUAUCUGGCGGUGAGUUGCAAAGAGUUGCCCUAACUUUGUGUCUUGGGAAGCCGGCUGACAUAUAUUUGAUAGAUGAACCAAGUGCAUACCUUGAUUCGGAGCAGCGUAUUGUGGCUUCAAAAGUCAUAAAGAGGUUCAUACUACACGCGAAGAAGACAGCUUUUGUGGUGGAGCAUGACUUCAUAAUGGCAACUUACCUGGCCGACAGGGUAGUUGUGUAUGAAGGGACCCCAUCUGUGGAUUGUAUUGCAAAUUCACCACAAUCUUUGCUCACCGGAAUGAACCUCUUCUUAUCCCACCUGGAUAUCACUUUCCGCCGGGAUCCAACAAAUUUCAGGCCCAGGAUCAACAAACUCGAUUCAACCAAGGACAGGGAACAAAAGAACGCCGGUUCCUAUUAUUACCUGGACGAUUGAUUUUGAUUCGCGAGAGAGUUUAGGAGACGUAUAAGAGGCACGACUUUUCCCCCUCCCCUCUCACUUCUGGUGCAUUGCCGAAGAAGCUUCAAAUCCCCCUUCGUCUGCUGCUAUGCUUCUGGGUGUUUUAUUUAUUAGAUCUCACAUUUUGACAUAUUUUAAAAAUCUAAUUUAAUAAUUUAAGCAGGAACUGUUUUUUGCUGUUAAUUUUUUUUUUACAGGGGUAAUGUUGCUUGCAUUUUGACCCCUCCAGACCUAAACAGAGUGAGUUUGUUGUUGAAUGUAAGCGGGAAGAAAUUUUAUAGAUGAGA